AGAGUAAAUCAAGGAGAGGGCAUUUCGAUUUUCGAAGGCAUUGAAACGAUAAAAUCCAACCCACACCGCAGGCUGCCGCCAAGGGCCAGCGAAGAGUUCCAAAAAUUGAGGGGAAAACAAAGAUUACCAUGGUCGUAAUCCACACGGCAAUGGCGAUCGAGGGCGCUACCAUUCAGUUUCAGACCCAAAUCUCCCGUUGGUCAUGGCCUGGUCAAAUUUGCCUAAAUCAAGCGGAUGGCCCAGAAUCGCCAUUCUUAAAAUGUCUGUUAUGUCUGUUAUCUUCUCCAAAGAAUACCUUCACGCCUCUCCACCAUCGCCCCCACUGCACUCUACAAAGGAAAAUUUUCGGCUAAAUCAAGUGGUUGCGGCAGCAGGAACCUUGAGCUUGUUUGCAGAAUGUCUCCGUCGUAUCCACCUGAAGAUGGGAUUCCGUUAAACACCACGGCGGUGGCCAUUGACAAGGAUAAGAACAGUCAGCACGCCGUCCGAUGGGCCAUUGAUCAUCUGGUGAUAAGCAACCCGCUCAUUAUUCUCAUCCAUGUCAGACAUAAAUCUAAUCAACAUCAGAGCGCGGGCGAUUCUGAAAAUGGCGAAACUGAUGCGCAGCAGCUGUUCGUUCCCUACCGUGGAUAUUGUGCUCGUAAAGGGGUUCAGUUGAGGGAGGUUGUUCUUGACGAUACUGACGUUCCCAGAGCACUUGUCGACUAUGUCCACAAGAAUUGCAUCAAUAAUUUUGUUGUCGGUUCUUCGACAAGGAGUGCUCUAGCAAGGAAAUUUAAAGGUCCUGAUGUUCCAACCAGCGUAAUAAAAACUGCCCCGGAGUUUUGUUCUGUGUAUGUAAUAUCAAAAGGGAAGAUAAUAUCAGCCAGGGCAGCUCUUCGGCCAGUGGCUAAUACUGCCAUGCCACCAAGACAACCGUCGCCCCUUGCAAUUCAGCCAAAUGUUCAACCAGACAGCAGCUACGAACUAGAAAAUGGAGCCAAAGGGCAACCAGCAAGGGAAGGACGGAAAAGUACGGGUUCAGAGAGAAUUCUCAUAGAAAAGAAUGGAAAACCAGCAAAAGCGUUGACCCGUGAGAGGCCAAAAACUUCUCCUACUAAUAUAUCAAUGGAAACUAUAGAAGUUCCAAACCGAGGGUCUAGGACUUCAUUUAGCCGUGAUUCGAUCUCCGAUGACAAUAUGUUGACUGCACAGAUGCCUUUUGGUUCAAUGGAUGUGAGUGGUCAAAAUUUGGAUUUCAGUAUAAGCUCAAGUGCGUCAACCGACUCGGCUUCCACACAAUCUACUCGAGAGCUGGAGGCUGAGAUGAAAAGAUUGAAGCUGGAAUUAAAGCAAACCAUGGAUAUGUAUAGCUCAGCUUGCAAAGAGGCAAUCUCAGCCAAGAAUAAGGCUAGAGAACUUAGUCAGUGGAAGCAAGAUGAGGCACGUAAGUUUGAGGAAGUCAGGCUAGCUGAAGAGGCUGCUCUUGCUAUUGCUGAGAUGGAGAAAGCUAAGUGUAAAGCUGCCAUUGAAGCAGCAGAGGCAGCACAAAAGCUUGCUGAAAGAGAAGCCCAGAGAAGAAAACAGGCUGAAAUGAAGGCCAGACGUGAGGCAGAAGAGAAAAAACGAGCACUGAGUGCUCUAGCUCAGAAUGACGUCCGUUAUAGAAAAUACACCAUAGAGGAGAUUGAGGAAGCUACUGAAAAGUUCUCUGAAAAAUUGAAGAUUGGAGAAGGUGGAUACGGUCCUGUUUAUGGAGGCAAACUUGAUCAUACAGCUGUUGCCAUUAAAGUUUUAAGACCUGACGCUGCUCAAGGGCGGAAACAAUUCCAACAAGAGGUGGAGGUUCUGUGCUGCAUUAGACAUCCAAACAUGGUCCUCCUUCUUGGAGCAUGCCCCGAGUAUGGUUGCUUGGUAUAUGAGUACAUGCAUAAUGGGAGCUUAGAAGAUAGACUUUUCCGGAGAGGGAAUACUCCUCCAUUAUCUUGGAGACGACGCUUCAAAGUAGCUGCCGAAAUUGCAACUGCACUUCUUUUUCUUCACCAAGCAAAGCCAGACCCACUUGUGCAUAGGGACCUUAAGCCAGCUAACAUUCUCUUGGACCGCAAUUAUGUGAGCAAAAUCAGUGAUGUUGGCCUAGCUCGACUAGUCCCACCUUCUGUAGCUGAUCAAGUCACCCAAUAUCACUUGACCUCAGCAGCUGGCACGUUUUGUUACAUUGAUCCUGAGUACCAACAAACAGGAAAGUUAACGACAAAGUCAGAUGUCUACUCGUUUGGAAUAUUGCUACUUCAAAUUAUUACUGCCAAGCCUCCAAUGGGUCUGGCUCACCAUGUUCAGAGGGCCAUUGAGAAAGAGAAGUUUGAUGAGAUGAUGGACCCUACAAUUUCAGAUUGUCCAUUGGAGGAGGCUAUAAAUUUUGCAAAACUGGCAUUGACGUGCGCUGAAUUGAGGAAGAGAGACAGGCCAGAUCUUGGAACAGUUAUAGUUCCAGAGCUUAACAGGUUAAGAGAUAUUGGGAGGAGUUCUGAUAAACGUGACAGUAGGAAUCUUGGUCACUUUCCACGCUCUGCCGCAUCAAGUUCCAGUUCGAGGCCACAGUCAUCAACUGAGUGUUUUUAUUCCCUAAACCAGGAUUCAAGAUUGAGUUUCACUGAUGAAGGAAGUUAGAGGGGCCUGUGUUAUACGAUUGUGACGGUAUAUGAAAGACCAGCUAACCCAUAGGAGGAAAGUUGCCUGAAUUUAAUGACACUGAUUACAGAGGGGCUGUGGUAAUGGAGUUCUUCAUUCGAACUGGCAAGAAGCCCAAGGAUUAACUAUGUUGAAGAAAUUUAGCUUGUCAAGAUCUUACCGGUGCUAGGAAGACGUAUGAUCCUUCAAACAUGUAUCCGAAGAUUCUGAUUGAUCUGUGCAACCAGGCAGAGAGUUGUGAGAUGAUCUGAUCCUAUCAACGGCUCAACUCAUCACUCCAUGAGUAAAUCAACCGACUCCAAGUUAUCGUGGGUUACAUCAUUCCAGAAAAAAGAACACCAUCGUAAAUUCGUAAUAGCUUUUCUUUAAUCCCAAGUCGUGCAGAUCAAAAUAAUCCGUUUAACUUGUAUUCAUCACAAGUUGUGGCAUUAUCAGCUGGAACGUAACACAAACUUAUAGUUUAUACUAACAAUGAAGGACUCAUCUGAUCUUGUAUGCAUUUGCUCUGUUACAUGUUCAGUCAAUACUAUAAAUAUCUGUUGGGUUGGUUUAUGGCUUAAA